AUGUCUGAACCUAUUUCCAGAAGAGCUUCUCACGCUGGUAGCUGGUACAGCUCAUCCAAAACACAACUCAACAAUCAGCUUGAAAACUGGCUAAAGGCAGCUGGUCCAAACAAGCACGGGCCUGCCCGAGCCAUCAUUUCUCCUCAUGCUGGCUAUCAAUACUGUGGAGCUUGUGCGGCUUAUGCAUACAAGGAGAUAUGCCCUACUACGACGAAGCGCAUCUUUAUUCUUGGCCCAUCGCAUCACAUUCAUUUAACUGGUUGUGCUCUUUCUACUGCAUCCGUCUACGAGACACCUCUCUACAAUUUGAAUAUUGAUCGUGAUGUUUACGAAGAAUUGUACAGCACCAAUGCCUUUGAAAGGAUGACCAUCAAUGCCGACCAGGAAGAGCACAGCAUAGAGAUGCAGCUUUCUUACAUUGCCAAGGUGAUGGAAUCCGUCGGUCCAUCAGGCUUCAAAAUUGUGCCCAUCCUGGUUGGGUCUCUAUCUACUGACAAGGAGGAAAUGUACGGCCAAUUGCUUGCCAAGUAUCUGGCCGAUCCAGCCAAUGUUUUUGUCAUCUCUUCCGAUUUUUGCCAUUGGGGAUCUCGCUUUAGCUAUCAGCAUUACGAAAAGAGCUGGGGUGAGAUUCAUGAGUCAAUUGAAAAGUUGGACAAUAUGGGAAUGAGCCUGAUUGAGUCACUUGAUCCAAGUGCUUUCACGGCGUAUCUGAAGAAGUAUCGCAAUACUAUUUGCGGACGUCACCCGAUUUCGGUGUUGUUGAACGCUGUUCAACAUCUUCGAUUGACCACUAGCAACGGCCAACCAGGAAUCAGUGGAACUCUACGAUUUCUCUACUAUGCUCAGUCUUCGCAGUGCCUUCGCAUGCGUGACUCGUCAGUUAGCUACGCGUCCGCCACGCUCAAUUUAAGCAAUUGA